CUUGCACCAUUAUAGACGUGACACUGACACCGUAAAGACAAACAAAAUGGCCGUUUGGGGUGAUUGGUAUUCGAACGUGACCACCGUUUUGGUUGCAUUGACUACUCUGGCUGCCUUUGCUUUGUACAAGAGCUCGAAGCGACCGGCUAACUUCCCUCCUGGACCGUUUGCUCUGCCUCUGCUCGGGAAUGUUACAUCAUUUUUGUCCAAAACUGCGUUGGAGGUCAUGUGCGAUCUGCAUAAGCAGUACGGAGAUGUCUUCUCACUGAGGUUUGGUGCUUUCAACUUGAUUGUACUGAACAACAUUCAGGUCGUCCGAGAAGCGCUGGUGACGAAAGCCGUGGAGUUUGCGGGUCGACCGAUGUCAUACUCAGUUGAAAUCAUCACCGAAGGAUACAAAGAUAUUGUCUUAUCGGACUACGGCCCGCAGUGGAGAUACCAGCGCAAGCUUGGCCACACUGCAAUUAGGCAUUUUGCGCAGAAAGAACAACUGCAGAAGCUUGUCUUCAGCGUCACUCCGCAAAUUGCCAAAGUUUUGGAUGACCUUGGGGACAAGCCGUUUGCACCCAAGUACACCAUCGGUCAGAUCGUGUAUAAUAUCCUGGCAAGCUUGUGCUUCGACAAACAAUACGAGUUCAACCAGCCUGAACUGUUGCAGUGGAUUCAGUUGAAUGUUGAUGGACAGAAAGCCUUCGGCAAUGGUCUGAUCGGUGACUUCUUUCCUGCCUUAAGUUUCAUUCCAACUCCGAGUGAACGGAAGGUUCGGAAGAUUCUUGCAGAGAUGUUUGGGGUCUUCAGAAAGGAGCUAAAGAUACAUAGGGAGCAGUUUGAUCCAGAAAACGUGCGUGACUUCUUUGACUCAUUGCUGUUGACUCAGAAGCAGGCAAUAGAAGCUGGGGAGGAGGAAGCAGAUCAAAUCACCGAUACUCACAUUUGUCAGACAGUCAUGGACAUUUUCGGAGCUGGAACCGAGACAACCACUCUCACUCUUCACUGGGCGGUGGGUCUCUUGGCCGAGAAUCCGGACAUCCAGGAGAAGGUUGCCAAGGAGAUUGAUGACGUCCUGGGUCACAAUACGCUCUCCUCGUUGGACGACCGUGGCUCGUUGCCUUACACCGAGGCCACCAUCCUGGAGGUUCACCGCUAUGGAUCAGUUGUGCCUUUAGGCGUUCCCCAUACUGUCCUGACCGACACUACACUGGCUGGGUACGAUAUCCCCAAAGGCACCAUGGUGAUGAUUAACCAUCUGGCUCUGCACAACGACCCAACACAGUGGUCCGAACCGGAGAAGUUUAAGCCGGAGCACUUUUUGGACGACAACGGUCAACUGCUCAAAAAGCUCCCAGAGAGCUUUCUCCCAUUCAGCACCGGACGUCGCGUCUGCCUCGGCGAAGACUUUGCUAAGAAGGAAAUCUUCUUGCUCUUCACUUGGCUGUUUGGCCGGUACACCUUCUACAAGGUACCGGGCAAGGAGUCGGAUUCUCUCUUGACUCUCAACAAGGUGGCGGCUCUGACACAUCAGCCUGUUGAUGAGAUGGAAGUAUGCGUCAAGAAGCGAUAUUAAUUACCCUCAUCGAAGGGUAUAUACUUGGAAGUUUCCUCAAGUUUGUUUCUGAUACCUAUAUCGCCAAAUUAAAGUCCAUAUAGAAAUAAUAGAAACUAUUGAUGCAUGUCGACAACAGUUGCUUAAUUCCUAGUAAGGUUGGAAAACCACACAGCUCGGAUUGCUAUACCUCUGUCUUGAAUACUGUAUUUUCAUUGGCCUAGAACGAUCACGUGUUAAGUUUAUAAAAAGUCAUGGCACACUCCCUGUGAAAUCACGCACGUCAUGUACGUGAUAUCCCACAUGGAGUCAUGGAGUGUGCUAUGACUUUGUGCGUAUAAUAUACGAGCGGGUUCACGCUUAUAUCGUUGGUACCCACGCUAUUUUCACCAUGUUUUCACACAUGAGUGGGAGCAGCGAACUUGCAGACGAUCAGCUGUU